CUACGCCAUUCUGCGCUGUGAGUUUCUUCUCAGGUACAAGUACGACCGACCUUUCACUCGGCACCGGAAUCGGAACGUCUCCUCAACGACUCUUCCGUCGCCCAAUUAACGCGGAGUUAUGGACAAGAAAAUAAAGUACAUGAUUCGAGCUUUGGCUUUCAACACUGUGUGUCUUAUCAUUCGGGAAAUUUACAGGACUAUUGAACUCGAAGAUGGGUGGAAUGGGAAGAUCAUCCACACGCAGGUGUACUUUAAUGGCUUCGACGGUGCUAUGGUCAUCUUGGCAAUCUACACCUUGAAUUUUGCUCAUCCUGGACGCCUGAUUGGAAGAGGGAUGGGUAGAGACCGAGCCAUCGAAGAUCAGAAAAGUGAGAGCGUUAUUGAGCUAGGUGCAGCAACCUAGAUUCAGGGAUAAACGAUGUUUCAUUCCUAACACGUAAAUCGACG